CCCGACAUCAAUUGCAAUAGCUUAAGACCGGACACCUAAGACAACGUCCGAGUGCCAAAGCAAAGGGGGCGGGCGGAGGGACAGAAACGCGAUGCGAUCGCACUGAACGCUAACCCAAACUGUACAAUCACCUCAAGCAGCGCGCAAAAGCAGUCGUUUUAUACCGAUACGUAGGCAUAUGCGCAGAUUUAUGCUGAACGACACGCGCCUUUCCCACAGAAGGUCAGGACAAGACAAGACAUCCAGAAACUUUGGAGGCAACGACGGCUGCCAUGGUGGCCCCGGUGGGCGCCAAGACUCCAGAGGAACCUAGCGGGGGCAGCACGACUGCCGCGGGAUCCGCAGCGGGAGACGCCUCCGAAGAACAGGAGGGACAAGGUGGGGAGAAGUCUCCAGUCAAGAAGGCCAAGGUCCUUGUCCUGGGCCACUCCUUUAUAUUCUGGGCCCUUAAGUGGGCUCAAGGCACGGAUCCGGGAACGCAGCUGGGCCUAGGGCGAUGGGCCACCAUCGAGUGGCUCGGGCGACGGGGCAUGCGAAGAGUGCAACUGCUGCCUAUGCUGCGGGAGUACCUGGAGCAGAACCCUGCACUGGACAUCCUGCUUUUCCACUUUGGCGGAAAUGAUUUAGUUAGUCAGUUAGGUAUCUCCCUGGCCUGGCAGAACGAACAGGACCUGUGCGUGGUUCUGUCCUGGUGCCCGCGGGCGGUCAUUCUCUGGUCAGAUAUCACCCAGCGCAGGGUUUGGCAGGGUGCGUGCAAGCAGAACAAGGUGGACAGGGCCAGGAGGGGGGUCAAUGCGGCUAUGGUGCGCUUCCUGGCGGCCAAGGGAGGUGGCUGUAUUCUGCAUGAUGAUAUGCUCUACUCGCAGCCUGCCCUUUACCGGGGCGAUGGGGUCCACUUGUCGACCUCGGGCAUGAGGUUCUUUUUGGAUGACAUCAGGCUGGGAUUGGCAACAGCGAUUUUGGGUCUGUGGGGUGUGGGGCGUUAAGCUGGGCUAACGUCCGCUGUGGCAGGCUAUUUAGUUUAGAAAAAAGACGACUGCGGGGAGACAUGAUAGAGGUUUAUAAAAUCAUGUAUGGUGUGGAGAAAAUGGAUACAGAGAAACUCUUCUCCCUGUCACAUAACACUAGAACCAGGGGUCAUCCCAUGAAAUUGAUUGCCAGGAGGUCUAGGACCAACAAACAGAAGUACUUUUUCACACAACACAUAAUCGACUUGUGGAAUUCUCUGCCACGAGAUGUGGUGACAGCCAACAACCCGGAUGGCUUUAAGAGGGGUUUGGAUAACUUCAUGGAGGAGAGGUCUAUCAUCGGCUACUAGUCGGAAGGUUACAGGCCACCUCCAGCCUCAAAGGCAGGAUGCCUCUGAGUACCAGUUGCGGGGGAGUGACAGCAGGAGAGAGGGCAUGCCUUCAACUCCUGCCUGUGGCUUCUAGCAGCAUCUGGUGGGACACUGUGUGAAACAGGAUGCUGGACUAGAUGGGCCUUGGGCCUGAUCCAACAGGGCUGUUCUUAUGCUCUUAUUACAGAUGUUGCUGGGGAAGAUGUUCCGUGAUUGUAUAAUUUCCCACCUGGCUAUUGCAUCCUUUUCACCAAGCAUGCUUGCUGCCACUACAUCUUUAUGAUUAUUUUAUCUCUUACUUCUGUUACACCUUUUUAUUGUACUUGGCAACUGAGAAGUUAAAAUGUCUGUAUUGAAGAAGCCCCACUGUAACAUGUCUUCCAUGUAAAUUAGACUUACAGUAGUCCUCGGAAAGCUGUAGCUUGAUGAUAGGCAGGAAGGUGGGUGGAUCUGAGACAACAGCAAUGGAAAACAAUGCAAAAGGGCUGUGGGUCUCUAUGAAGCUUGGGUUAGAAUGUGCAAAGCAUUAAUGUUUCACAUCAACUUAAGAGAAAGCAGAGAUCAGUUCAUUAUGAACAAGAAAAACUUGUAUGUUGCUAUGGAGAAACGCCAAGGUUAGUUGGCCUCAAAUGAUGGUUCUUAAUUAGGGUUUUGUCAAGCUGGUUUUAUCAAUAAAAUUGGAAAGAUGAUACAGUUUUUGUUUUACAUUGCAAUAUGCUUUGAAAGCUUAACAUUAGGGGUCGGUUUGGAUGAUGUGUCCAAACCAGCCCCACCCACAUGCAAUAAGGGACAUGAGCUUGUUUGUCCCAUUCCCACUUCCUCAUGCAGUAUCCUACGGAUGUAUCAUUGCUUAGGUAGGUGGGUGGUUCAUCUGGAUGCACAUACUAAUUCAUAUGUGAGGUGCUGUUCAGAUGAACCAUCCCUUCACAUGAUUAUGAGUCUGUGGGGCACGUUGGGAGGGAUGGUAGGAUGUGAUGCUUACAUCAUAUUGGGAGAGGGCCAAUGUGAAUGUAUUGUCUGAACCAUCCUAGGCUAAUACUAGACAUAAAUAAUACAAUGGAAAAGGUUAUAAAUGUAAAUCCACACAGGGCAU